AUGUUUUUCACAGGUGAUUCACAGGAGCUGAGGAUUGUGCUGCUGGGAGUCUGUGGAGCUAGAAAGAGUUCAACUGCAAAUGGAAUAUUGGGUCGAGAGGCAUUUAAAGAGAGCAGAACCAGAGAGAGUGAGAAACAGACAGGAAGAGUAGAAGACAGAAACAUCUCCAUCAUCGACACGCCAGGAUUCUUCAACACUCAUCUGACUGAGGAAGAGAUGAAGAGUCAGAUGAUGAAGAGUCUGUAUCUCUCUGAUCCUGGUCCUCAUGUGUUUCUGCUCGUCAUCAACCUGGAGACCUUUGAGGAGGAUGAGAGGAACGUUGUGGAAGAAAUUCUGGAGAAUUUUGGAGCUCAAGCUUUGAAGUUCACAGUGGUGCUGUUCAUUGGAAGAGAACAAAUGUCGAAAAGAGACCUGACAGCCUUUACAUUUUCUCAAAAGUUUCAAGAACUAGUCAGACACUGCAGAAGUAAAUAUCAUGUGAUCAACAGUAAAAAUGAGAUGAAUCAAUCUCACAUCGCAGAGCUUCUAGAAAAGAUUGAUGAAAUCAUCAAACAGAAUAAUGACCAUCAUUAUGAUAAUGAGAUUUACUUACAGUAUCAAACAAAGAGCAGGAAAGAAAGGAAUAAACAAGAAGAGAAGAAUGGAAGAACAAAUGUGCAAGAGACGAAACAAGAACAGGUAAUAGUGCGGGACAAGAUUCGCAAACAGACACUCUAG